CAGGGUAUCGUCAAGAGUCCCAUCUUCGUCACCACAAACAACACCAAAUGGUUUCUAAGACUAGACUUGCGGCACAUCCAGUGGCGUAAGAGUCGUAUAGGUAUUCACCUGCUUCUGGACCACUGUCCCGAUGGCAGACAAUCGGUGGACAUCGAGUUCAACGCCUUCAAAGUGGCGUUGAAUGAGUGGACAAACGCCAAAGAGUUGGUCACAAUAUUUAGCAAACGCUCGCUCGUGAAGCCCGGGGAACCGUUGGGCGAAGAGAUUGUCUUCGAUGACUACUUCCAGGACGAGACCAACUUCGUGGUCUACUUCGAGAUCAUUCACGCCGAUAGUCAGCCAUCGAUCAGCGAUAAAGUGGGCAAUCAUUUGGUGGAUGACCUCAAGUCGAUGAUCAGUGAUACUGGCGAUGGUUUCGGUGAUGUGAAGCUCGUGGUUAAGGGCCGGGAGUUUACGGCACACAAGUGUGUCCUUAGCGUCAGGUCGAGGGUCUUCAGCGCGAUGUUCGCCACAGAUAUGAAGGAGUGUCACGAGAAUCGUGUUAACAUCGACGACAUGGAUGUCGAUGUCUUUGAACAACUGUUGUCUUUCAUCUACACUGGAAUCGCACCACAAAUCGAUUCAUUCCCCGAAGAACUGCUCGUUUGCGGCGAAUUCUACGGCAUAACAGACCUCAAGAGUAUCUGCGAAGAGAUUUUGUGCCAAAACCUGGCGGUCGAGUCAGCCAUCGAUUUGCUGUCGUUUGCCAUCAAAUACAACGCAAACACUCUUAAGGAGAGACUCAUUGACUUCAUAGCAGAUAAUUAUCUGGAGAUUGAGACCAAAUGCAGCGACGGUUUGAGUUAUUUAUUCAAAAACGAGUCCAAACUCGUCGAGACAAUCGUCCAUAAAAUGGCAAAACUAGUCAUCAAAAAGGUUUAAUCAAUAAUCAACUCAUUGUGUAUAAAAUAAUUACAAAAUUCUGGUUAACUGUUGAUUAAUAAUAAUUAUCACAUUUAUCUC